AUGGGAAAUUCUAUAGAGAUUAAUCAAACUUUAUCUUAUUAGACUAUUCAAGGAUAGGAAAUACUUCUUCCUUUUAAAGAAUUAAAGGGAAAGUAAAAUUUUCCUAAAGUCCCUUCAAGAGAAAAAGAUGUUGAAAUUAUGUUUCAAAAAUGGCUUAGCAAAGUAAACUAUUUUAUACUGAUGACAGAUUGUGAUUGGAAGAAGAGAAAAAGAAAAACUUAAAGGAAUACCUCUUAAAUACAAAUUUAGAUUAUGUUACAAACAUGACUAAAUCAUUUAAGAGAUAACUAAAGGAGAAUAAUAUAAAUAGAAAGUCAUAUAGGAAACAGAUAAACUAAUUUAGAAGGUAUUAUCACAACAAGACGUUGUUUCAUUAGAUGGUACAUAUUUUAUUCCACAUUAUAAGCUUUAUCAAGAAAUUUAACAAAUGAUGACCUACUUGAACAUAAAAUCACUUUACUAGCUAAAGUUGAUCUUAUUGCAAAAUUAGUUGUAGAAUUGAAAACCUAAGAAUUGUUAUCUAGACAUUCCAAAAACUUUAGGGAUUAGAUUGUUAUUAUCAAAAUAUUUGAGAAGUUAUUACAUCAUGAAUCAGGUAAUCUUUAAGUAUUUAUUAUUGUAUAGGUGUAUAAUUAUUAUGUGAUACUUCUAAUUUUUUUUAAAUUAUGUUUAGUACUUUUCAUCCAGUUGAACCAGAAAUUACAGGAUUAAUGCUAUAAGUUUUAGGUGGCAAAUCUGGUUUAUGUUGGCAACCUGAAUGUUUAGAUAAUAUUCUAGAUGCUAUGACUGAAUUUUAAAAUAAUCAUAGAUUAUAAACUAAGUAACAAAUAUAUUAAAAUUAUAGAUUUGAUGUAAUAAUACGAAGUAUUUAUUAUACAAAGAAUUUAAUUAUUAUCUAUCAUCUACUAUAAUUUUUGUUUAAUUUUUUAUUUUCAGUUGAAAAACCUGAAUCUGAUUCAUUACAUAAAGAAUUAUUAGAAACAGUAAUUAAUGGUAAAAGAAUUGAUGAAGUAUUUUAAUAAGUGAAAAUUCGAAUUGUUAAAGAUUACUAUUAAAUUGAAGAAUGUACAUAUUAAGGUGUAAGAUAAAAAUUAGCUUAAUUCUAACAUCCUCUUGUUGAAAAAUAAUCUUAAGAAAAUGAUUUCUUUUCUAUGUAGAGAUUUAAAACAAUUACUGAAAAACCACCUAAAGAUGCUAUCAAACCUAAUAUUGAAUUUGAUCUUGAAGAAACAGGAAGAAUUAAAUUUGAAAAUUGUUUUUAUUUUGAAUAACAUGAUCUUAAGCUUUUUAGUAUAUUGAAAGUUCAAAUUUUUGAACUUAUGGAUGGUAUAUUAAAUAUUGAUUCCAUUUUAAUUUAAAUUGAAAAUGAUGAUGUAGAUCAAACUGAAAUUGUUUCUAAUCCAAAUGAUGUUUUCAAUGAAAUGCAAACAUUAGCUGAAGUAGAUGAAGAAGAAGAAGAAGAUUACGAUAAUAGAUUAGUUAGUUUCUCGAAAAUUAAGAAUAAUGAUUAAUUUAGAAAUUAAGGUAAUAUGAUUAAAUAUGCCAAUGCUAAUUUAUAAUAAGAAUACAAUUAAUUAGAGGAAAAACAUUCAAUUCUAUUUUCUAAAUAUGAAGAAAUGGAAAAAUAAUGUCGUGAAUUAUAAAUGUAAUUAUUUGAUGAACAAUUAAAAAUUAAAAAACUUGAAGAAUAAAAUGAAAAAUUAUUAUAUCAUUCUACCAGUCAAAAUUAAGAUAAAAUUAAUACAUUAGUUUAAGAAUAAAUUGAAUUUCUUAAAUAACAGCAUUUAAUUUAAAUCACUUCAUUGACACAAGAAUUAACAUAAUUGAAAGAUUAAAUUUAAAAUUAAAAUUUAGUUGAAAAUUAGUUAAUAAAUUAAAUUGAAAUUGAAAGAACAAAGGUACAAACCUAGAAAUAAUAAAUUGACUUAUUAUAGAGAUAUAUUGAUUAAUAUGCUUCUAUGCCUAUUUCUUAAAUAUCUGAUAAAAAUGAUGAAAAAUAAACUGAAAUUUAAAAUCCUUAAACUGAAUUACAUAUUAUUGAGGAGACAAAAUCUAUCAAGGAUACAUAAUAAAUAAUAGAAUAAUCUAAUGAAACAGAGGAUAAAUCUAAAUAAGAUUUUGCAUCAUAAACAUUAAAUGAAAACUAAUAGAUUCAUUAAAAUGAAUAAUUAGAAUAAAAUUUAACUAAUUAAAUUUAAAACAAUAUAAUAGAUUAAAAUAUUAAUUAAGAUAUAGUCAAAUCUGAUACAGAUUCAAAAAACUAAUAAGAAAUUGUAAAUGAAAUUAUUAUUGUGAAAAAAUUAAUGAUAGAUUCAGAAUCAUAAACAAAUCUAAAACUAUAUAUAACCUAAGAAGCAUAAACUACUUUUGAAUUUCCGACUAAUCCAUAAUCUUAAGUAACAACUUAAGCACAGUAGGAUUAACAACAGACUAACCCCAUUCCUGUUUAACCCCCUAACCCACCUCCUAUUACUGUUAAGGUAGCUCCACCUCCUCCACCACCUCCUAGUCUAAAAACUGGUGGCCCUCCUCCACCACCUCCUCCUCCUCUAAAAGGAGCUUAAUAAGCAUCUAAACCAACAGACUCUCUAUUUCCUUUCAAUAAAGUUGAACUUAUUCCAUCUCUUCCUACAAAACCUUUAAAUUGGAUUUUGAUAUAACCAUAAAAUAUGAAAAAUACUAUUUAUGAAUAGAUUUAUCAAGAAUCUUAUGAAAUAGAUGCAAAAUACUUAGAAACAUAUUUUUAUAAAAUUUAAUCUGCAUCAUCUACUUAAUAGUAAAAUAGUGAAAAUUAAAUUGUUAAGAAAGUAAUACAAACUAAGAUACAAUUAAUUGCUACAGAUAGAUCCAAAAAUAUAGAAUUAGUAUUGGGAAAAAUUAAGAUACCAAAUGCUUUGAUCAUGAAAUCAUUAUUAUCAAUUGAUUUAAAUAUACUGACAGAUUCUGCAAUAGAUUCUUUAGAUACAAUAAUCCCAACUGAUGAAGAAAUUAAAAUUGUAUUAAUUUUAUACUUAAAUUAAGAUUAGUGAAUUUUAAGGCCAAAGAGAUUUACUUGGAGUUGUUGAAACUUUUAUUGAUAGCAUAAGAUAAGUUAAUGGAUUUUAAUUUAGAAUCAGAUCAUUAAAAUUUAGAUCAGUUUAUGAUGAUUAUAGAUAAGACUUAAUUGAUAAAAUAACUAUUUUAACUUCAAGAUUUUAAGAAAUAAGAAAUUUAUAAGGACUAUAGAAGAUGUUAUUAAUAACUUUGAAUAUUGGAAAUUUUUUAAAUGGUAAAAAUUUAAAUUAAACAUUUCAGCCAAGACUCCUCGUGGAAGAGCUUUGGGUUUUAAAAUAGAGGCUCUUGACAUCUGUGCUGAAAUCAAAACAUCUGACAAUCAAAAUAAUAAUUUAUUACUAUAUAUUAUAGAAAAAACAGAAUAAAUAAUAGGAGGUGAAAUCAUUUCAGAAGAAAGUAAUAAUAUAAUUAUAUUUAGAAAUGAAAUCAUUUGAAGUCCUUUAAAGAGUUCCAGUUCAUCAAUUAGUAGUUGAUUUAGGAGAUAUUAAAAAAGGUUGUAGUUUUAUAAAAAAGGCUAUGGAAUCAUAAACAGAUGAUCCAUAAGAUUUAGUAGAAUAAAAGUUUAAGGAUGGUUAUGAAUCCAUCACAAAAGACAUUGAAGAACUUGACAAGAAGAUGAAUCAUUUAGAAGAAGAAUAUAAAAGAUGUGCAUAAUUUUAUGGUGAAAAUCCUAAAGAUCCAUCAGAUAAAUUUGGAGAUAAGAUAUUAAAAAUAUUCAGACAAAUUUUAAGAUAAAAAUUAGAAAAAUUGUAAAGGGAAGAAAGGGCAAAGAGAUAAGAAGCUUUAAAAAAAAGAUAAAUGUUGAAAAGUACACCCUUAACAGCAAGAAGGGCAGAUGAAGGACCUAAACCACCUCCAAAGGAAGCAUAAAGAUAAUCUGUCUUAAAACCGAUUAUUCCAAGAUAAUCUAUCAAAGAUAGCAUAAAGCUUGAAGUACCUGGAAAUAAAGGUCCAAAAAAGAGUUUUAUAGCCAAUGAAAUUAGCUAGCUACGUCAUAUGAAAUAGGUAAGAGCUAGUAUAUUAACUAUUAACAAAAAAUGA